AUGGGGCUCGCCGGUUCGAAGACGAUUAUUCCCAUCAAGGAGGCCGAUGCAAAGCUCGGGGCAAGCCUGCGGAUAGAGAUGGACAAGGCGUACCACCGCAUCACGGAGAGCGGCAUCGGCGAGGCGAGGCUUCUCGACGUUAAGGCGUUCCAGAGAAACUUUCUGGAGGCCUUUCCAAUGAUGAAUGGGGACCCAGAGGCAGCGGAUAAAGAUCAGCACCUUAAAACGAGAGAAGAAAAUCUACAGCACCUGCCAAAGAUUUUGGUGGAGUCGCUUUUCGAUGCCUUCGGAGCCGCCCGGCGUGGAGCCGUGUCGCUCGAGGAGUUCGUGUGUGCGGUGGCGGUGAUGCACAGGGGCACCGCCCCCGAACAACUGCGCAUGCUCUUUGAGGUGUACGACAUCCGACGGGCCACGUUCAUCGAGAUCGACCACGUCCGGCGCCUGCUGGACCAUAUCUACGGCUCGGCGCACUCCGAAACCGUCGACCAGGCGCUGGCCUGGCUCUUCCGCGUGUCGAGCCGCGAGGACGAGAUGGAUGCGGACGAGUUCAUCGCGCGGCUCACCCCUGUCGUCGACUUCCGGGGCACGGCGGCGGCCGCGCAGGCCGAGCCCCUUCUGCAGUGGUUCCGCGUCCUGUGCACCCGUAUCCUGGAGGAGCCGCACCCGGCGGUGGUGGCGCUGGAGCAGCGGUACAACCCGGAGAGGGACCUGAGCAAGGUGGUGACGAAGUACAAACUGUCGGCGGGUUUGACGGACGUGCUGUGCCGGCGUCACGCCUUCAUCUGCAGGCGGAGCUCCGCCAACGCACUCGAUGUUCAGGAAUGGCUGUCUUCCGUGGGUUACCUCUUCCCAGAGACCCUGGCGCGUCGGGUGUUCCAGUACUUCGCGCAGUCCGGGGGGCUGGCGUGGACGGUGGCGGACCUUCUCCGAUUCCUGUGCUCGUGGGUGCUGGACCCGCGGCAGGAGCACGUGUCCAUGAUGUUCCAGGCGCGACGCAUUCGCUUCGCUCUCUCCUGUUACACCCCCAUCCCUCUCCCCCCGGUUCCCGACGCUCUCCUGCGGCAAAACAUCGCCCCGUUGAAAACAAAUACCCGGCGGGUUAACGAAAAAACAUCGAAAAACAUACGACGCUGUAAGCUGUUUGACGUGGACCGCGACGGGCUGCUUUCGGAGCGUGAGGUGGCGCAAAUGCUCGAGCACCUGGCGGUGUACCACGCACACAGAGCCAGUGGCGGCGGGGGCGGCGGCGGUGGUUCUCACGCACAUCAGGCUGCCCAUCACCACCGAGGACAGCACAGACAUCACCACCACAGCCACCACCACCACCACCACGCGGACAUGGCCAGCCUGACCCUCGGCCUCCGCAAGCUGGGCUACGAAGACUUGGAGAGCCUGGUCCUUAUCGACAAGCAGUACGGCGCCGACGCUGCCGCGGCCGCGGCGGCGAUUACCGCCGGCGGCGGUAGCGACGGCGGCGGUAGCGGGGGCGUUCGAGACGGCACCGAUGGGACCACCCGAGCGGUCGCCCGGAAGCUCUUGCUGAUGCUGGUAAAGGACCUGGUGUACGCGUGCCUGGCGGAGUUCGGGAUGCGGCCGGCCAAGGCCGUGCAGGAGAGGGAGGUCAUCCACGAGAUUUUCAGAAGACACGACGUUGCUCUGGACGACGGGGAGGGUGAAGGGCUCCCUUACGGUCCGGUAGGGACCACGUGGGCGGUGAUCAACGCGCAGUGGUGGGCGCAGUGGAGAGACUACGUCCGCAUCGGCUUCGACGCUACCAUGCCCCGAGGGAGCCUGAGCCGCGUCAGCAGCAACAGCAGCAUCGCGUCGAACGGCGGCGGUGGCAGCAGCGGUGGUCGCCAAGGGCCUCCGGCCACCGUCGCGGGGGGAGGGGUCAGAAGCGGAACCGUUCCCAAUGGCAGGGCCUCCGGGGGGGGCGUUGGCGGCGACUCUUCCGGGCUCAACCGUUCUUCCCCUCCCCCGCCUUCUUCGAUAGGGCCGACGAUGACGCCGAGGUCGAGGGCGAGCUCGCGCGUCUUUGGCUCCGCCCCCGUUCUGGGCGGCAGGGGGCACCGCGUCGGCAGCGGGGGCGGCGGCGGCGGGGGGGGCGGGGGGCAAGGUGCGGUAGGGGGGGCGGUGGGGGCUAACGGCGGUGGCGGCGGGGCGUACUUGGCAUCGUCGUCCUCGUUCGCCACGCAGCAGACGCCGAGGCCGGGGCAGAUUCACAACGGGGCCUUGCUUGAGCACGGGGGGUCGCGACGCAUCGUCCGCGCGGCGAGACUCGGGCCUGACUUCGCGAUUAUCCCUCCGAAAGCGUGGGACGCGUUGCAGUCGUGGUACGAAGGGGGGCCCGUGUUGGAGCGGCGGGUGAUCGACUACCACGGGACCCCUCAGCUGGAGCUCUUCCCGCUCAGCCUCAAGCUGCAAUAUCGUCACCAGGUGGCUAGCUGCGACGUCAAGGGCAAGCCGCGGCAGUUCGAGCGGGAGAUGCUGUUCAGCAAGGUGGACAAGGUGUCGGACGUGGUGAAGCAGCUCUCCGAGGCUAACAAGGUGGAACCCGAGCGCAGCAGGCUGUGGAACUACGCAGACCGAGUGGACUGGAAAAAACAGCACGUUCUGACACCGGGGCACACGUUGGAGGAGGCCAAGCUGCUGGACGGACAGCUGGUGCUGCUGGAGAUCAGUCAGCAGGACGGGGCUUGGCCGCGCUCGCAGCUGCAGAGCACGUUCGAGGCGGAAGAAGAGGAGGCUCAGGCAGGGACGGCGGUGUCCGGCCACAACAAGGCAGGCGUGAUCGGGGACGGCAUGGUGGGUCUCGGGAACCUGGGCAACACGUGCUACAUCAACAGCUCGGUGCAGUGCCUGAGCCACACGCCGCUGCUGACCGAGUACUUCUUGUCGAGCGCCUACGUCAACGACGUGAACGUGGACAACAAGCUCGGCCUCCAGGAGCUGCUGGCGUUCCUCCUGAACGGCCUGAACGAGGACCUCAACCGCAUCGCCGACAAGCCGUACAUCGAGCAGCCCGACAGCGACGGCAGGUCCGACGCCGAGCUGGCCGACAUCUGGUGGAAGAACCACCUGAGGAGAGAGUUCUCCAUCGUCGUGGCCCUGUUCGCCGGGCAGUUCAAGAGCGUGCUGGCCUGCCGGGAGUGCGGCUACGAGUCCGCCCGCUUCGAGCCCUUCAUGUUCCUUCAGCUUCCUCUUCCGGAAAACACGGAGAGGUCGGUGAUGGUCAUCGUUGUACUACUAGACGGGGCGAGAUGCCCAGCCAAGUGCUCCCUGAGGCUGCCCAAGUCGGGACGGGUCAGCGACCUCGUGAGGGCGAUCGUGGAUACGUUUAAUGCGCCUCCCACGGAGCGCGCAAGGCGUCCGCCUCCCCCUCCGCCAGAGCCACCAAAGCUCAAGGCUGUUGCUUCGUCGUCGCAAGGGGGGGACGGAUCAGAGCAGGCCGAGAGUCAGCAGGGGAAGCGGGGAGGAGGGGGGAACGAGGGCGACGGGAAGCAGCAGCAGGAGGAGCAGCAGCAGCAGGAGGAGGAGGAGGAGGAGGAAGAAGAAGAGGAGGACAAUCUGGAGGAAGAGCGACGGUUUUACACGCGGGUCGGGCUGCGGUGCGAGGACCUUGCCGUGGUGGACAUCAACGCGCACAAGAUCUUCGCAACCGUUAGCCCGGACCGCACCCUGCAGAGCAUGAAGGAGCACGAGAUGUUCUACGUCUACCAGCUCGAGAGGGACGUGUACGGGGAGGCGGCGGCCGCGAAAACGGCAGCAGCAGCGGCGGCGGCGGCAGCGGCGGUGGCAGAGAAAGGACGACGGGGAGAGGAAAGGGGAAAACGAGAGCUGCCCCCGCCGGAGGUUCGCCACACGCAAGUCGCGGGUAGAGAUGGCGCCGCGAAGGGCGUACCGGCAGCGGCGGCGGCGGCGGGAGCAGCGGGAGAGGGUGCGAGAGGGCAAAGCGCUUCCGGCAAGGGGCGGGGGGACACUGCUCGAGUACGUGGCAAGCCGGCGGCGGUGGCGGCGGCACAGCCGCGAGUGCAGCCGAUCAAGCAGAUCCGGACGCCUGUCCGACUCUUCGCGGUGCUCCACCGGCGCUUGGAGACCAGCAAGAACUUUCUGACGAGCCCGUACCGACUCGAGGUUUUCGGCACCCCGCUGGUGUGCAGGGUGGUUCCGAUGACCGGUCGGCAGCUGUACGACAAACUCUACCGGAGGUUCCACCGCUUCCUUCGACUAAAGGCCGGCGGCGUCUCCGCGGCCUCCUCCACAUCAUCCCAAAGAAGAAGACGCGACGACAACAACGUCUAUGGUGGCUCAACAGCAUCAGGCAGAGGUGGGUCACCAUCAUCAUCACCACCGUCGACAGCAGCAGCAGCAGCAGGUAGAGGGGGAAGAAGAACCAACGGCGAGGGGGAGGACGAGGAGGAGGAGGAGGAGGAGGAUGGCGGUGUGCAGCAGCCGUGCAUGGGCACGGGAGACGACAGAGACUGCCCGCAGACGGUGCGGGCGACCUCCGCCUGGGUCGCCGCGGGGGAGGUAAACCGGUGGGGCUUCAGGCUGCGGCUCGUGGAGAGCAACGGGUACGCCUGCUCCCGCUGCCGGUGGACGGAGGGGUGCGUGGGGUGCUUCAUCAGGCCGGACGACACGCCGUGCCCCGUGAGGGCCGGCGACUCGGUUGGGGUGGACUGGCACAUCAGCGUAAUAAAGGAGCACUACGACGCGAGCGAGGCGCUGUCGUGCCUGCUGCACAGCAGCAUCGCCCUCCACAAGGACUUGGAGGCUAGGCCUCUCUCCCUGGAGAAGUGCCUCGACACCUUCACCGCCCAGGAAGACAUCAAGGAGGGGUACUGCUCCCGCUGCAAGGAGUUCCGCAACGCCUCCAAGAAGAUGGACGUGUGGCGCCUGCCGCCGAUUCUCGCCAUCCAGCUCAAGCGCUUCCAGUACACCCAGUACAGCAGGCGAAAGCUGAGGAACAACGUGCACUUUCCGGUGAACGGGCUCGACCUCAGCCCGUACGUGGUGAAGGACCCAGCUAGCGGUGCUACUGGCGGUAGCGCCUCCGCCCACUUCCGUCGACAACGACAACAACAGCAACAACAACAACAGCAAUCGCAGCAGCCCCGGCCACCAGACGGGGCGGGGGGGAACGCUGGGCCCCCGCCGGGUGGAGCUGAUGGCGCCGUUGGUGGUCGUGCAGGCAGGGGUGCUGCUGGGGAUGCUUCGCCGUCAGUGUCGGCUGUGGCAGGCGCUCGUGAUGAUGGAGCCACCGUCUGCCGAGAUCACGCUGCCGCCGCCGCCGCGACCGCCGUCGCCUCUCCGUCGACUCUUCCAAACGGCGGCGGCGACUCUCUACCGAACGGCAUGCUGCUGGUGCCGGGCAGGGAGGGCGGCGGGAGCGGCGGCGGGAGAGAAGGAGAGGGGCCGGCGGCGCUAGCGGUAGAGGGGACCGGCGGGGAAGGAGAGGGCGGCGGCGGCGGGGUCGGGGUGGGGAUGACUAACCCUGGCGUCAUCGGCGCAGACGGAGGGCGGGGGGGCUCCCUGUACGACCUCUACUCGGUGGUGCACCACCUGGGGGCCCUGAGCUCGGGGCACUACGUGGCCUCCGUGAAGAGCCAGCCCACCGGAAAAUGGCACUACUUCAACGAUGAUCAGGUGACCGAGGUGGACGAGGACGAGCUCGGGUCGUCGAGCUCCAGCGCCUACAUCCUCUUCUACAUGCGGCGGGACUGCGCGGGGUUGAGGAUAGAGGACGUCUACCCUUCGGGGCCGCCCAAGACCGUCGAAGAGGUCGAGGCCCUCAUGCUGCACAGAGACGCCGCGAAAUGCAGAAUCAUGUGAUUGGUUGAUUGUUGCCAGGUUGGGACCUGCCGCUGGACGCGCGGCGUGUUUUUUUUUUUUCUUUUUUUUUGCGACACGGAGGGACGGGAAGAGGCCGGGUGACGUGCAUGUGUAUCGGGGCCGGAGGUUGACCGAGGGGUUCUGUGGGGGGCGUCCUUCUGUGUUGGUGGUGGGGAGAGGAGGAUCCCCGCGCCGCCUGUCGCCUGCAGGCAGCCGUCCCGAUGAAGAGUUCCUGCAGCCGUGUGUGAGGAUGGGGGGGGAAAGAGGGCGUUUGUUGUUGUUGGCGUGUUGGUGUGUAGCGACAGAAUGAAACGGCGCGAGACUUGCUUGGGGUAUUGUUUGAUGUGUUGUGUCGGGAUUCGAACGGCAGCAGGUAGCAGUCACGUGUGUCCUUUUUCCCGGCAUCAUCGAGUGCUGAAUUGUCUUGGCUUCUCUCGGACAUGCGUUGCUCGUUGGGGGUGGUGCCUGGGACGAUUGCUUUUUGUUUGUGGUGCUGUCGUUCUGAAGACUUGCGCAAGGCAUGGCAAGCGUUCGUCCUUCUUGUCUCUUCAUCUUGUGUACAUACAUGUUGUGUUGUAUUCUGUCUUCGGGGAGGCUGGGUCGUGUUUUGUUGUUCGUGACCUAGCAGGCACUAGCCAGACCAAUACAGAAGGCAGGCAGGCCCGUGGGCGCAUGUUUCCGUUGCUGUUGCUGCUGCUGCUGCUGGCGCGCCGUGUAUACGUUCACUCCAUAGAGUAGGCUUGGUAUUUCUUUUCUGUUGGCUGCUAUCGGCGGCGCACUUGGUCCUAAAUUAUCGGCGCUGAACAAUUCACGCUGCUACCCCUCUUUCGUGCCCCCGAAAAUUUUGUUAUGGUGUCUUUCCUGGAAUAGAAUGAGCAUGCGGAGGACCUUU